CCCACUAAUAAUAAUCAGGUGAAAGCGACUUCGGAAUCGUCGCGCGACACCGAUAAGUUUAACGACUGUGAUUAGUUAACCAGCAGCGACGGCGGAGGUGAAAGUUCAAGCAGCCAACAUGUCAGCAAAGGCGGUCAAGACAAGCAAGCCCAGCGCCUCCAAGGAGCCGUCUGCGGUCACGAAGCUCUAUCUGUUCGCGUACAACGCCGGACAGGUGGCCGGUUGGAGCUACAUCCUGUGGCAGCUGGUCAACUACUAUCUAUUGCAAGGACCCGAGUUCCGGGCACAGCAGACGCUUUGGGAGUACACGCGGCUGGCCGUGAUCAUCUUUCAAAACGCCGCCUUUGUGGAGAUCCUGAACGCGUCCUUUGGCCUGGUCAAGUCCAACCCAGUGGUCACUGGGUUCCAAGUGUUCAGCCGCAUGAUGGUCGUGGUCGGCGUGGUGAUGGCCACGCCCACGGGCAAGGUGUCGCCCGGUCUGCCGAUUGCCCUGUUCGCCUGGGCCAUUACCGAGAUCAUCCGAUACGGAUACUACGCUCUAAACAUCGUUAAGGUGGUGCCCCACUUUGUAGUCUUCUUGCGCUACACCACCUUCAUUGUCCUGUAUCCCAUCGGAGUGACUGGGGAGCUGCUGUGCUUCUGGUGGGCCCAGAGCUAUGCCCGCGAGAACAGUGUAUGGAGCGUGGUGAUGCCCAACAAGUGGAACGCCACCUUCUCGUACUUUGGAUUCCUGUGGAUCGUAAUGCUGGGCUACAUCCCCAUCUUCCCGCAGCUGUACCUGCACAUGUUCGCCCAGCGCCGCAAGAUCUUGGGGGGAGCGCCCAGUGGAGCAGCCAAAAAGAAGGCCAACUGAACCCUGACCAGCGACGAAUGCAAAUUAUUGCAUCAUUUGCAUAUCUUUGGCCCGCGCACUUUGGAGCCGCGUUCGCUGUAUUGGGGUCUCUCUUGCCUCACCUCUUGCACAAGCACAUUCGCUCGGACUAAGCUUAGGUAUAAGUGGUUUUGUGUGUACAAAUAUAAACCUUAGAUACUCUUCCAA